GGCUGACCAGGAUAUAAUCAUUAAAGAUGGCGGCGGUACGGAAAACACACGGAAGGUCCUCAGCUAAGAGAAUAUUCCUGGUUUUAUUGUCGCUUCAGAUCCUGUCUGUGAAAUGUCUUCCGCUGGGAACAACGGCUGUUGGAACUCAGGGCAACACUGAACCCAGGGCAACAUCUGAAAUCAAAGGCACAUCUAAGGAGAACACAUCGACCACAGAGAAUGACAGUAAUGUGGUUCAACCGGUUAAUGUGUUAAGCGCCACAGCAGCUCCUGUCAUUGCCAUCAACAUCACCAAAGCUGCAUCUCCUCCUCCUCCUACUACUGUAUUAACUGACACCCCCGGCAUAAAGACGACCACAGCAGAGCCUGAAGAUCACGCUCCACAGAAGACCACCGCUGUGCCUGCAGACAAGCCGCCCACCAUCAUCCCCACCCCUGCAGGACAUAAAACAGACACCACCGUGGAUUACAAGGCUGACAUCACUUCUCCAGGACCUGAGUCGAGCUUUCUAGAUGACACGGGUGAUGAUGUGUUUGAAAGUGAGGACGAGGAUGAAGAUGAAUUUUUGAGUGACAGUGUGACACCUCAGGGCAGCCAGGCAGAUAGGGAAAGCCUUGAUAUUUACGAAGGUCCCCCUGAGAGCCCAGAAAACAUAAAUGUACACAUCAAGGACACGACAAUCUACACGACGCAGGAUGAAGAUUCCCAUUUCUUCUUUCACCUGGUCAUCAUCGCCUUUCUAGUGGCCAUCGUGUACAUCACCUACCAUAACAAGAGAAAGAUCAUGCUGUUGGCUCAAAGUCACCGCUGGAGGGACGGGUUGUGCUCGCGAGGAGUCGAGUAUCACAGACUGGAUCAGAACGUCAAUGAGGCCAUGCCUUCACUCAAGAUGACCAACGAUUACAUCUUCUGACCAACGAAAGACUUCAGUGAAAAAACUGAUGCAGAAGCAGAAAGUUGAUUUUGUCUACGCAUGGUGUCUUAUUUAGUCAGGGAACGAGCGGCUGAGAUACAAUACUUCUGUUUCACGUUCUCUCAGAUUCUGUUGUUUGUUUGGUUUCCUGUACUGUAUUUGGUAUAAAUGCAGAUGUUUUAGAGUGGGUGAUGGGUUUAAUGCGACAUUUUUACUUUGGAAAUUUGACAUGCAAGUACAAUUGAAAAAAAAAAUACAAUUCAUUAGUUUAAAGCAAAGCAAAUGAAGGACUGUCCAUGUAAAUAUUUGUUUGCGACACACUGAAGGUUAUCACGUUGGCUUGCGGUGAAAUGGGGUAUUGUUUUUAGCUCAAAUAAAUGCAGCACAUAAACGUAAAACUAUUCACUUCACAACGUUACAGUUUAAGGUAGACUCAGCACAACGAUCACUUGUCAUAGUUUACCUCAUUGUGAUGAUGUGAGAUGUUUUCUUUCCUGCUGAUAGAAAUGAGCACCUCAGUAGUUACGUGCAAAUACGCACGCACGCUUGCACCUCAGUUCAGCAAAUAUCAUGAAGUGAAAUCUGAAUUUGCUUCGCUAUGCAGGCGUUUUGGGGGCAGUCCCUUAUAUGUUUGUGUUCUGACUUCAGUGAAGUUGUUUUGUAUUGCACACGCUGUCCAGAUGAGUAGCUUCUGUCAUUGCCAAAGUUCUGGAGUUCUUACAUUUUUCCCUUUUCGCUGCACAUGUAUGUGUUUAACUUAAGCUCUACAUUAUCAACUAUCACAGAUCAGCCAAUAUUAUCAUUUUAAUGUGAGUGCAAAGCUGCAUGAAAAGGCUUAAUGUAUCUGAGCCUUACUUUUGUCAUUUGUUGAAAUAUCAAAGCAGUUAUUCUCUUCAAGAAAGCAUAUGAAGGUUGCAUCUGUGCAUGCAGUAUAUGUGAAAAUGCCUCUUCAGUCAGUGGAAAUCUUCUUAAAUCAAUAAAGCAUACACUAUGUAAAC